AUGGCGAGGGAGGAGUGCAAGGCGCUGCUGGACGCGCUCAACAAGGCGACCGCCCGUUACCACCACCUGAUGCUGACUGUCGGCGGCUCCGCGGACUCGCAGAACCUGCGUGAGGAGCUGCGAAAUACGCGCCAGAAGGCUCAGGAGCUGGCGGGGGCCACCCGCGUCCGGCUGACGGCCGUGCUGCGCGACCGGGGCCUGGGCGCCGAGGGGCGCGCCGAGUUCGAGCGCCUUUGGGUGGCCUUCUCCGGCUGCCUGGACUUGCUGGAGGCAGACAUGCGGAGAGCGCUGGCGCUGGGUGCCGCGUUCAGGCUGCACGCGCCGCGGUGGCCGCUCGUGCGCACGGGCGUGGCGCCGCGCGCCUUAAGCACCCGCAGCCUAAGGCAACAGGCCGACCGCGACUUCGAAGUGGCGGACCUGCGCGAGCUGGAACGCGAGAUCCUGCAGGUGGGCCAGAUGAUCCACGACAUGGAAAUGAAGGUCAACGUUCCGCUCUGGACCGUGCAGGCCCGGCAGGCAGCGGGCGCGGAGCUCCUGGCCAGCACCGGCGCCUCCUUGGCCGGCGGCGUGUCGGUAGACGAGAACUCGGGACCCUGCGAUCCGAGCAAAGCCCUGGCCGCCACCGUUUUCAGCGCUGUGCUGCUGGCGGUUGUGGCCUUGGUCGUGUGCGUGGCAAAGCUGAGCUGACAGACACUCGACGGCGACCGCCGCCACUGCUCUCUACCCCAGGACACCUCUCCAGGAGCAAGGAUGGGCGUGGGGUUUGUCAUGUUUAAGGGGACCGAUUCUGAAGCCCGGUGUGUGUGUACAUGCGCGUUUCAGGCGCACAUCAGGCUGUGCGGGACGUGGUUUCCUCUUGCUGGCCCGCGAGGAGUUAAUUUUGCGCGAGCGGUCAGGGCUUUACGCUGACGUCUGUAGGAGCUUUAUCUUUUAUCCUCUAUUAAUAGAAGGCCCCAGAUCCCUCCAAGUUAAUGGGUUACCGCGUGUGCUGCUAGGGCGUGUUUGCACCGAGCCUGAGCUCUGGUGCUCUCAUCCCUGUCGGGGUCUCCCGCUUUCUCACUGGGCAGUAGAAUGAACUGUGGAGACGGAGCUGUUUUGCUCUGGCGGGUAGUGAUUUUGUUGCCUGGACAAGCAAAUUGCAAUAAAAUGUAAGCAGUUUUUAUUACUUUAAUCCUUUGGGGCCUAAGCCUAGGACAGCGUGCAAAUAGAGCUUCAUGCGAAGCGCUUCUCUAUGUAUGGUGCGUGGUUGAGCUUCAUGGCAGUUUAUUCCUUAGUCACUGAAAGCAGCUAGAAGAGGCUUGGGUUCGUGACCUCCCGUGGCUACACAGGGUCUGCCUCUACUUAGGAAACCGGACAAGCCUGUUAAACUUGCUCUGGUGGGCUUGGAUCCACUGACCUCUUUCCUACAGAAGACGGCUUUCCCCAGCCGGACCAUGUGGCAUGGAGGUGUGAGAAGAGCCACAUGUCAUUUAAACAGGCACUUUCUCCUUCGCUGGGGCUUAUUUUUAUCCCCGAACUAGACCAGAGUGUGUGAUCCUUCUUUGGGGAGUGCUGGAGAAUCCUCUUUGGUGCCCGUAAUCUUGUCUAUCCCCUUGUUUGCUUGCUGGCCAGUGGGAGCACUGGCUUUGGAGGGGGCUGCGGAGCUCAGUAACCCUGAGAGGGUGACAGUGGCAUCACCAGCCGACAAGGCUUAGAGCCCGUCAGCUCUUGAGACUGGGUUAAUAUGUAACAGCUUUAACUUGGGAUUUAAAAAGCUUUUUAAAAAUAAUAAUCAUUUAAAGAAACAUCACAAAGCCACAUCAUGGACUCUCAAAGCUGUUUUUUUAUAAAGGAUAUUUGGCCACGAAUUCAUAGUGCCAAUGGGUCAAACACAGUGGUUUUCACAUGUAUAUGUACGUUACUAAAUACACAUCUGCAUCUAUUUUUUAAAAAAACAAUCUUCUUGAAGGUGGUAGGUAGGUCGUAAUGGAAGCUACUGGAACCGCAGGUGAAGGUAGAAGGUAAAUGGCCCCUCUGUCUUUGGCCGGUAAAUAAGGAAACGUAGAAAAUCCCCUGGGUACCGGGCAGGAAUCUGCCUGAACAGGGCUGCCACCUCCCACCUGGGGUCUGCUGGGAGAGCGCCCUCUGUUGUAUUCUUGGGGAAGUGAGACUGAGAAAACAUUGAUUUUUAGGUCUCCAACUGGUAAUUUGGAGUACAAUCCAGGUACUUUAGUUUGGCUGAAAACUGAUGAGGAUUUUUAAAAUAUAUUUUUACUCCAGAAAGGAGGAAGGGGGGCAGGAGAGGGAAUUGGCAGUUUUUCCCAAGGAGCCCAAGCAAACAGCAACAGGCAUGGGAUCUGGGCCUGUCAUUCCUACAAGGCUAGGCCGUUUCCCACCCUCCCUCCUUUGCCCACUGCCACUCCUCAGCUGAAAGUAUCCAGCAUCGGGCAAAACAUAGAACUUUUCUGUGUUUUUUGUGAUAAUUCUUUUAAAACACUUAUAAGGUCUUAGGGUGAGUAAAAGUUUUAUGACAAAAUUACUAAUAAAAGGAUGUAAAUCCAAACAGCGGCCACUUCAAAUUCUUUGGCACCUGCCUACCCAGGGUACCUUUAGAGAUGACAUAGAAAGUUUUCUAACUCCUUUUUCCUCCUCCCACACACAACAUAACAUGCAGUCUCUCCCACCUCUCCAAAGUCUCGUCUCUCUUAGAUGUGAGGAGGCUGAAGGCAUUUUGUGACCCAGUGUUAGAAAAUAAUCUCUAAAACCAAGCCCUAAAGGAAUCCUGCUGUUCCUAAGAUUUCUUAUCAAGGUUGUUUUGGGUCAUGAAAAAAAAAAUUUUGUUCAACAGAACCUACUAGAGAGACAGUCCAUCAGAUGUUGUAUAAUCCAUUCAGAGCAACUGGGGCAAACAAGUUUCUUUGUUACUGUUUCUACCCACUCUGCAGAUCCCUGGGUAUUUCCCUGUGCAAUCAAAUGUAUACUUGAUUCUGAGGGUCCUCCUUCACUGAAAUUAGUGAUAAAAUGUUGCAAAAAAAAAAAAAAAAAGCUGUUUUACAAUAAACAUCCAUCCUAUGGACCUGUUAACCUAAAUAGCUGUUUGCAAUUGAAAAUUUUAAACAUUAGGGAUAUUUGGAGUUAUAGCAUUGCCUAAUAGAACUUCUGCCUCAUCCAGUCCACUACCCUCUAAUGGCAUCUCUGUUCUUGGUUCUAUAUGUAACCCAAGAGAUUGCUUUCUGAUACAAGCCUGAUUCUAUUUAAAUGUUUAUUAUCAAAGUCAUUAAUUUUCUAAAAAUAUUAGGUCUGAUCUGACACCAUGACAAGUGAUAGAAAAACAACAAAAAUCCAAAACGUACAAUAUAGGGUGAGAUCAAGGUUAAAGUCUGUGGCAGAGAGCAUCCACUUUCCCAAAUUAAAGAUCCAAAUUAAAGGAUAGGUCUUUACUUCGAAACUUAAAUGUCACUACAAAUCUCCUGUUGUGUGAAGUGAAAUACGCAUAAAGAGAAAACAUCUCUAGGUUCUCUUUUGGGAAAGCACCACUACUUUUAUCUGAUAUUGAAAGGACAAAAGCUUGGAAUCUGAAGGCACUUCUCAUGGGAACUUUGUUCUUCAGAAGUAUGUGUUCUGAACUAUAGUUAUUAGUUUUAAAAAUGUUUGUAGGAGGAAAAAAUGCGUGGUAAAUUCUGUUUUAUGUGUUUUAAGAUAUUACGCUUUAAUGCCACAAGGGAAAAAUAUCUUUGGAAAUAAAAUUAGAGCAUACACUUGGUGAUUUACCUAAGGUUUACAAUUAAGUACUCAAAGAUGUGUGAGGUGAAAUGAAAAAAAAGUAGUUUGGGUUGAAAAGAUUUGAAGUUUGCAUGAAGACCCUGAUGAUGCUGUAUUUUCCUUUUCAGUGCGAUAGAUGUUUAGCUACUUGAUUCCUUUUCAGAAUGUAGUUCUCUGUUCUGUAGUGAAUGCUUUUUAGGGUGUGAACCCCAAAGGAUGAGCCUGUGUCAGCUUGAGAAAUAUGCUGUAGGAUUCGCCUCUGCAUUCCUUUGGGGAGUGCCUCCUGUCUCCGGAUACCUCAGAGAAGUCACUGACCUCCCUGUGCCUCACUGCCCUCAUUUGUGAAAUGGGGGGGUCCUUUAUCUCAUCACACUCAAAGGGCCCUUCUACAGCUGAACACAUUAAACAGAAUGCAGUUAAACAAGGCAGGGUUUGGUUUUCUUUUUGGUUUUUUGUUUGUUCGGGUGCAUACAAAUGGAAUUUUGUAGUUUGGUGAUUAUUGUUGAAAAAUAGUCUGUUGGUAAAAUACCCUACUAAUUUUAAAAAUCAAAAUUAGCUAAGUUUACUGUGAUUUUAGCCCACAGCAGAAUUAGUUAAGGGACUUAACAUAGAUUAUGUGAAUGUUAUUAAUUUAUACUACUUAAAUUAAAGGUUCUAAUUCCAAGUCCAAGAAAGCCUAGUAUUUAUUAAAACGGUCUAUUUUACCCAGCAAUCAGGCCACCUAGACUGAUGCUGGGAAAUUGGAGAUACAGAAUGCUGUCAUUUAUCAUGGAGGUGGGAGAAUUGUAUUCUCAUGGUAAUUGGUGACCUCAGAAGUGUAACUGUACUAUUUGCCUCCUGCCAAGAUCCUUGAGUGCAGCAUGAGUUGUUUUUGUGUCUCAGCCAAGAUUCAAGGUGGAAUUAGAGGCUUCCUGUGAACUCUUUGAGUGCAGCUUCUAACUAAAGUGUUUAUUAAUAAUAAUUCAAAAAUUAAAGAUAACAUGCAGCAUUUGUAACACUGGGAAAAAGCAAGCUGAAAUGAUUCAGCUAUCAACUACUAUGAUUUAAAUAUAUAUAUAUAUGUUCUUAAUUAGUCUUACUUCUUCACACACAUUUGAAUAGAAGUGAAUGUCCUGAUCAACGUAUUUACCUUUCACAGAUUUCAUUGUAUAAAGAGAUGUUCAGAAACUCUACAGGAUUAUAAAUCUCCAGGUGCUUUCCCACAAUAUGGUUAUACUCGUCUUGAAUGUAGGAUGGAAUCAGGAAGAAUAACAGGUCUCCAUAGGAAUGACCUUAGGCUGUGGUCAGCACACAUACGUCAAAGUCAUAUUUCAAAUACUGUUUCUUCUGGCUCUGGGGAACUGACCAAAGGUAGAUGCUGCAGCCCUGCCUCCAUGAUGGCAAGAUGGGUUUCUGGGAAAAAAUGCUCCUCUCUUUCAUUUACUUAUUUCUCAUCUCCUCCCACACAGGAUUCUGGGUGUUUUUACUGUAGUACUAUGAAAUUUGGGGCAUCUUUGUUCCCUGGUUUUUAUGUUUUAGCAUUUUAAAACCUUAAGGCUUAUACGGCGAGUGUAAAUAAAGCAAACGAGAGAUCCAGAUGGCAAAGUGAUUUUAGAGUCAUUUUAAUAUGCUGUUGCCAGAAGGCAAAGUUGAGUGUCGUGAUUGUACGUGUGUGUUAUGCACAUGGAGAAACUCUAUCAGGAAAUAUACAGAAAUAAAGUAUUUGUUAAGGCGGUGGGAUUACAACUGGUGUUUUUUCAGUUACUUUUGUUUAAUGUCAUAUUGUUUUUAUAAUAAAACUGAAUGCUCUUGUCAUCUAGAAAGUGUUGUUUUGUCAUUAAAAUGUAAAUUUUAACAGUCAGGGUCUUAAGUAUAAUGAAAAGUAAUUUCUGAACCUUUCAAAAAAAGCAAAGCAUAACACUUUUGGAAUCUUAACCAGGGAAUCAAAAGCAUGUUUCGAAAUGUAUUAUCAACACAGGAUAGCAGGGACCUGGAUUCAGAGCAGAUUUCACUGAAGAUUAUUCCUUAAUCCCUUUGACCUCAAUUUCCUUAUCUGUACAAUGGGAGGUAACCCUGGUGGCACAGUGCUUAAGAGUUUGGCCGCUAACCAAAAGGUCGGCAGUUCAAAUCCACCAGGCACUCCUUGGAAACCCUAUGGGGCAGUUCUGUUCUGUCCUCUCAGGUCAUUAUGAGUCAGAAUUGACUUGACGGCAACAGGUUUGGAGUAAUAAUAGGGUAUACAUCAUAGGGAUGUUGAGGUAAUACUUUGUCCUGCCAUCCAAAAAAAAAAAAACCAAACCCAGUGCCAUCGAGUCAAUUCCAACUCAUAGCGACCCUAUAGCCAUAAAAAAAAAAAA